AUGGUGUUUCCUGGAAGAUUUAGUUCAGGCUGUCUACGCUGUCGACAGCGCAAGGUCAAGUGUGAUGAGGGGAAACCCACGUGUCGACGAUGCUACAACUAUGGAAAACCUUGCCUUGGAUAUACCGACGAGUUUCACUUUCGACAUUCUGGUCAAAAGCCGAAAACGCCACCUGUUCCAGCGACCACAGCGCCCGUAGAGACAACAAAGCCGAUAACCGUUAUAACAAGUCCGCCCAAGCCCAAAGAGAAAACGCCACCGAAAACCACAAAGCGACUCCCCGAACCAUCAACGCGCCGAAGAUCUCUAGCCGUCAUCAAACAACCCACGCAGUCCUACGAUGACAUGUCACUAUGCUAUUUCGUGCGUCGCUUCGUCUCACCCGACGAGGGCGACGGCUUCCCAGGUCACUUCAGCUUUCUCCCGAGCUUCUUUGACCAUCACAAAGAUGGCGGGUUAGUCGAGACGGCGACGUUGAGCGUGGCUCAGUUAGCCGCGUAUAAUCACUUGGGUAAUGAAGAACUCAGAACGAGGUCGAUGAGGAAUUAUGGGAGGGUGAUUAAGGGUUUGCAGCAGAGUAUACAGUCUGAUGAUCAGGCACUUGAUGAUAGUGUUAUUGCGACCAUCUUGCUGCUUUGCACGUACAAGGACUUUAGUGGUGAGGGCUUGGGUGAUCCCAAUGAGCAUGCUUCGGGUUUGUUCUACCUUUUGGAGAGAAGGGGACCGAGUCAAAUUGGUACAAGACGAGGCGCUGAGCUGUUCCUUCUUGCUCUACUGCGACUGCAAAUCUACUCAUUCCUCCACGGCGACGAUACAUACACCGACCCAGGCGCCAUCGCCACCGUAAUAGGCAUCUUCGAUCCCCUCCUCCGCGCUCUAGCAAUGAUGUCCAAGACCCUCUCCCUCCGCCACCGUCUCUUCCAAUUCAUCCAAUCCGACAUCUUCCAACAAAUCGGCAGUCCCUCCGCCACCUCUGAAACCAGCAGCGACGCCGACCAAGAACGUCUCCUCUUACAAGAAUGCUUCGACAUGCUAGACGUCUUCAACGACUGGGACUGCGAAGCAGCAACAUACUGGCAAAUGACCUUUGAAGGCCGCGGCGUCCCUACCGUCCUCGGAGAAAUGGGCGCUGGGAAAAUGCACUACGACGCUGAGACAGCCUGCAUCAUGAUCCUCGUGCGCUCGGCGCGAUUGAUCUUACUGCAGAGUAUGCUCCUGUAUCAAACGACCCUUCAGACCGUGGAUGAUGAGUAUAGUAACUACCAAGCCAUGUGGGCGCAAUGCGUUCCCGUACUGGAAUCCGACGUUCGUAAAUGUGUCGACGACAUGCUCUUCUGCGUACCCUACGCCCUCGGUGACAUUGACUCCAGCGGUAUGCCAUCGACCAUGAUGUACGAUGGCGCUGCUGCUAUUAUGAUAGUGCAUUCGAUUAGGCUUGUUACGCAUUGUGUUUACACUACGCCUGCGCAGGGAGAGCGGGCAGAUAUUAUAUUGACUAGAUUGAACUCUGCUAUUGGGAUCAGGUCUGCUGUUGGGUGGUUGGCUGCUGAUGGUAGUGAAGAGCAGGGUAAUGUGCUUUGGAAGGCUUCGCCUAGGAUGUUGGAGAGCAGGUUGUUGGAUUGUAGACAGGAUAGUCUUGGUGUUUUUAAGGAUGCGGCGUUGCUUUCUCCUUGA